AUGCCCAUCAUCAAUGGUGUGACUAUACUUCUCCCAGCGCCAGAUGGCUAUAUAGUCGAUUUUCAGAACCCGCAACGACAGGCUGUGCCUGAGGCCUAUUGGGUCGCUGGUAUUGGAACGUCCUUAAGCCUGUUGCUGAUGGCCCAGAGAGUUUACACGAAGGCGAUCUUGCAUGGAUACCUCGAGUUAGAAGACUGUAAGUGCCUAUACACAUCGUCCCUCGCUUGGGGAUGGUUUGUCGCAGACAUGUUUGGUGCAGGUGUUGGAGGAAUUCAUGCGUGGGAACUUUCCAUUGAAAGAUAUCAGACCUUCAUGACUAGCUCGUCUAUACAGCGGCACCGAUAUACCUCCUCCGGCAGCUCGGCAAAAAUCUCACUGCUCGUUUUCUAUAAGCGAAUAUUCCCCCAAAGAUGGCUCCAAUGGUCAGUCUGGAUACUUGCCGGCGUCAUAGUGGCAUAUACCGCUGGAAUAUUCUUCCCGCUGAUCUUUGCCUGCCAACCGACUGCGAAAAGCUGGGAUUCUAGGAUCACGAACGGAGCAUGCAUCAACGGGGCAACGUUGUAUAUAGCGACAGCUGUUGCCAAUAUCAUAUCCGACGUCUUCGUUCUGGUGCUGCCAAUUCAGCCGUUGAUCAAAUUACAAAUGAAGCGGCGCCGACAGAAGAUAGGUCUUGUAGCCUUAUUUGCCGUGGGUUCUUUGACCGUGGUCACCUCGUUCGUGCGUUUCUUCCUCUUGCUAGAUAUGCUCAGAAGUUUGGAUCAAUCCUGGGCCAUCUCGUGGGCCAGCGUGUGGAUCAUCAUUGAAGCCAAUCUCCUCAUCAUCUGUGCAGCUUUUCCCACUCUCAAGAAGUUCAUUCGGCAUAUCGCGCCAAAACUCCUGGGCGAAAGCUCGUACGGUCGAGGGACAGAACAGGCCGUGAGCGGUGGUGUAGCUAACCGUGGUACUAACGGGACGAAUAACUCGCUGGGGCAUGAGUUCCUGAUGGAAACUUUGCCACAAGGCACGUCAGUGAAAGUCGCUGGCGGAUCCUAUGAUUUGGACGACGGCUCGUCUGAAACGGCCAUUAUACUCCCAAGUGUCAUUAUUCAGACGAGAACUGUGACUAUAAUGAAUCACCAUUGGCUAGUCAGUUAA